GUGCAAAGAGAUGCUUAGAGAAGAGAUUAACCUGAGCAUCUUUUCCCUAAUUACAGAGAUUAGGAAGUGGCUGCCUGAAUUAUUUUCCAAAGGAUAAACAUUACAAAUAAUUAAAAAUGCAACUCACCAGAAGAUCCUUUUGAUUUGGGGGAAACACAACUUCCAUCAACCACAAGGGAUGCUGCUACUCAGAUGCCACCUGAAACACACUCCUCUUUCUCAGGCUUCCUGUGGGCUCUGUGCCAUAAUGGGGAAACUGCAGAGCAAACUCAAACACAGCAGUUACAAAUACAGCAGGCCUGACGGAAUCAUGGAAGAGAGAAUUCAAACUAAAGCUUCUCAAGAGUAUAGCCCCGCUCAUGUGGACGCUGUCUCUGCUGUUGCUGCUCUGAACUCAGACCUUUGUGUCUCUGGAGGAAAAGAUAAGACAGUCGUGGCCUAUAAUUGGAAAACUGGAAACAUGGUGAAAAGGUUCAGAGGACAUGAACGUGAAAUCACCAAGGUGGCCUGCAGUCCCCGGUCGGGCCAGUUCUUCAGCGCCUCUCGGGACAGGCGGGUCCUGAUGUGGGACUUGCACGAGGCCUCCCAGCCCAGGCAGCAGCUGUGCGGCCACGCUCUGGCGGUCACCGGCUUGGCCGUGAGUCCAGACGCGUCCCAGCUGUGCACUGGCUCUCGGGACAACGCCCUGCUUCUGUGGGACGUGGCGACCGGACGGUGUGUGGAGAGAGCCUCCGUCUCCAGGAACCUGGUCACUCACCUGUGCUGGGUCCCCAACGAACCAUAUAUCCUGCAGUCCUCUGAAGAUAAAACCAUCAGACUAUGGGACAGUCGGGGGCUACAGGUGGCUCACAUGUUUCCCACAAAGCAACACAUUCAGACCUACUGCGAGGUCAGCAUGGAUGGUCACAAAUGCAUCUCCUGCAGCAACGGUUUUGGAGGCGAAGGCUGUGAAGCCACAUUGUGGGACCUAAGGCAGACAAGAAACAGAAUACGUGAGUAUAAGGGGCAUUUCCAGACAGUUGCAUCCUGUGUUUUUCUACCAAGAACAUUGGCCUUGGUGCCUGCAAUUGCUACCUCAUCACAUGAUUCCAAGGUGAAGAUAUGGAACCAAGAUACUGGAGCCUGCCUUUUCACCUUGUCUCUGGAUGGAUCUGGACCCCUAACUUCCCUGGCUGUUGGUGAACCCAUCUCCUUAUUAUGUGCAAGUUUCAACAGAGGAAUUCACCUACUCAGAGUGGACCACAGCCGAGGGCUGGAACUGGAGGAAGUGGCAGCAUUCUGA